CAAACCGAGCGAGUGCACCAAUGUUCCUAGUGUUCAUCUGGUCUCUGGUUCUUCCCAGCUCUGGCUUCUCUGACCAUAUGCAGUUGUGCUUAUGUGCUAAUUUGGGGGUCCAGUUUUCUCCUUAUCCUAUGAAAACUUUUUGCAUUGGAAGUGCAUCCUUUUGGGGAAUUGCUGUUGCAGCUCAAUGGCUUGUUACCUGAAAGAAGAGCUUCCUUUAGUCGGUCUGAACAAGUCCUUACAAACUUAAUUUUAUGAUUUGUGAGGUUUCUGUUACUUUGUUUAUCCCUAGCAAUGAAGCAUUGUGAUUAUGUAUAAGCUCUUACAAUAGGUACAUGAGGGAGGGCACCUACAUACAUUAAUAUGUGAUGUUCAGUACUCAGUUGGCAAUAUGGGCAUUGAAAGUAUUUUUAUAAGGAAAUUUUAUAACUUAUUUUUAUAAGUUAGAUUACAAAGCUGUGUAUUUUUACCCUCAGAAAAUCAUGGGAAUCAUUGACAGUUGCAUGUUGCCAUUCAGAGCAUCACAGGCUGGUUUGGGUUGGAAGGGACCUUAGAGAUAAUCUCUUGUCAGCUCCCUGCCCCUAGACCAAGUUGUUCCAAGCCUCAUCGGGCCUGGCCCUGAACACUUCUGAGCUUUCAUCCAAGCAUUUAUAUAAAUAUAAGUCCAAUCUUUUAUGAUUAUAAUGUAGAAAAAAACAUGAUGGGCGUUCUUUUCCCUUACAGUUUGACCUGUAGAAGAAAAUACUGUAUUCCCAUAUUUUGAAAAGAAGUGAAAGAUUAUUUUUUUCAAUUCCUCAAUUCCUUUAGGGAAGAAAAUUUAAUCAGCAAAAACAGCUGCAUUGACAAACAGAUUAUUUAAGGACACAAAACUACAAGAGGGAAUAGACAUCAGUUCUCUUGGGUACAGUUGGUGUUUGGUACUUAGAAGUACAAAGUUUGGAUACUCACUUGAGAUACUUACUCAACACUCUCUUCCUUUAAAAUGUGUGCCAGUGUCUAUAAGCAGAGGUGACUUUUGAGUUUUGAGAUUUAUAUAUAAAGCAAGGUAAACUCUAGUAAUUCCUGUUCUCUGGAGGACUAAUUUAAUUUGUUUUCUAAGAAUUAAGACUUAGUUUCACAUGUACAUGCUGGUACCCAUCAGUGCUGUCAAAAGGAACAACCCACCAAAAAAUGUUAUUUAUUUGGCUAAGUUCCUUAGCUUGGUUCAUGCUGUCUGUCUGACCUUACAGUUAUGCUGUCUGUGGUAAGUGGUGGGAGAUAAGUGGACUGGCUGGUUUACACUUCUAAACUGCUGCUAAAAAUUUAAGUUGGAGUGCAGCUUUAUUUCCCAAGACUGCUCCUGAUCUAUGAUUUUAGUUUCCUGUUAAUUUAACCUUGAUUUCUCCUAGAGGGUGUUAGAUUUAUCUAUGCCAGCUACCCGAGGUGUAACUAUGAAGUGAAUAUGGAAAUACCAGAUGAAAUUUCUAAAAUAUGUCAGUGCAAAACCCCAUUUUCUCCUGAAUUCCAGGCCUUUGGAAUUUGUUAAAAACUUGUGUAUGGGUAUUUUGUCAAGUUCUUACUUAAUUUUCUUUGGAAAAAGUAUUUUCAAUGUGGUCUUAAAUACGGCAUGUUUGGAAAAUUAUUUUGAAAGUGGCCAAAAUUAAAUUACAUUUUAAUAGCUCUCAUGCUCUACUUUCUGCUGAUUUCUUAAUACUUUGGGCAAUAUUUCACUGUUGAUUAUUAAAAUUCACUCAUGUCUGAUGAUCUCUUCCUUAUUCAGUGAGCACUGAAGAAUUAGAUGCUAUCAGACUGUAUUAAAGAAACAUAUAGCUCCCCAACUACACUCAUUUAAGGUUUCAAAGCUAUCACAGUGCAAAGAAGGCUUGUGGUUGCAGUUAUACCCCUUAAGGUUUAGAAAGUUUCAUAAGAGAAAUUCUGUUAUUUCUAAAAUGGUUCUCCAAGGAGAAUGGGAUUAAGUGGAUAUACCUUCAGUGUUACUUUUUGCAGUCCUUUUUUAUGUAUUACUUCCUAGUUUUCAGGUUUUAUUUAUAUAUAGGUAGCAUGAGUAUUUAAUUCAUAUUAUCUGCAUGUGUUUCAGACGGUUCUUUUUCCUAUUAACUUGUCAUAUUCUUCCUCAAUUGCUUGAUCACUGAUUGGUUUGUGACAGUGCAAGUAUUAUAGAAAUGAAACCUGAAUGAAGAAAGAGUGACUUUAUUGUAGACUGUAAAAUUUUGGUACUUGUUUAAUUUAUGUCUAAUAUCAGAAAUGCUUAGCAACAAGUAGUGAAGGAACACUGUGUUGGGCUUCAACAUUUUUGUUGCCUGUGAAGAAAAGACAGCGCUGAAGCUUUUAGUUUAUCUUGCACUAUCUUAGUAACUGAUCUUCCUCUGUGAAACAGUACGGACUGAAAAAGUUUAAUUCCAUGGUAUUCUAAAGAGGCAAAUGCUCUGCAAUUUCUUCAGUGUUUCACUGUGGUUGCUUUAUCCUUUGCCAUGCAGUUGCAGUAAUAAUUAAUGCCCAGCCUGAACACAGAGAUUUGAGUUCUCUGCACACACAGGGCUCUUUCCCUGAUGAGUCAGCGCCUUCAAAAUGCAAACGUUUUUUAUUUGGCUUUUGGCAGAAAAUUCUGUUUCCCUUACCAAAUGUCAUAGCUAUGCUCUCAGUGAAUUUGAUGCUUGAGUUGUUAAACAAUUUUUCAGUAAAAAAAAAAAAACUGAUAAAAAUUUUCUUUGUUUCUCUUUCUGCUCUCAUUUUCCCUUAUGUAAAAUAAAUUUUAAAAUUACUUAACUAUUGAUGAAGACUGGUUCAAGGAGACUUGAGCUAAGAGACUGUGAAAGCUUCAGAAUCUGAACUGUUAAACAUAUGUAAGUGGCAGAUGAUACAAGAAGUCAUAAAGUUCCAUGUGAUGAGCCAGACAAGUGUUUAGUUUUAAUAAAUGUGACUGCUAGAGAAUGGAUAAAAUCACUGUAAUUACAUGCUCUUACUGGUGAAUUUCUCACUCCCAUCUUUUGCUGGAAUUAGAUGUCAGAAUCAUUGAACAGCAAGGUGAUUUGACCCAUAUCUUGGCUGACUGGGUAGUAGAGUUUGAUCUUCCUAUUACAAAGGUGCUGAUGGGGAGGACAUAGGUGACAGACACAGGAGAGAGGGGAGGCAAAGAAGCAGUGCUGAGUUAGCACACACCAGUGGUUCAUAUCUGCUCCUGAAAGCUUUGUCCACCACACAGAGCUUUUUACUGUGUCUGCAUCCUUUGCAAUUCAGGACUGUUUAGACUUGAGGCGCCUAAAACAUUAGUUGUUAACAGACAGUUAAAAACCCAAUAUGGUUUGUAAAUUAGGCUGAGUAAAGACUGCCUGAAGAAUUUGCUUAGUGUGCUUUUAAUAUCUGAAGGCAGUGCUGCAUGUGAAUGUUUCACUGCCAUCAGUGCUGCAUUGUGUUUUUUUUUUUACUGAUCUGUUAAAUGUGAUUUGUUUUGUUAACAGAAUAGCAGUUUUGGGUUGUGACAAGCUCCAGCAUUACAGGAACCAAGAUUUCACAGUGAAGAGCCACUGCUUUCUCAAGUUCUGACAUCAGCCAGUCUUCCUUGAAUUCUGGUGUGUGCGAGUCCUUGGUGGAGGUUGCAUAUAUACAUGUUUUCAUGAAGAGAAGUGAGAAGCCAGAAGGUUAUAGACAAAUGAGGCCUAAAACUUUUCCUGCCAGUAAUUAUACUGGCAGCAGCCAGCAGAUGCUACAGGAAAUACGAGAGAGCCUCAGGAAUCUGCCUAAACCCUCAGAUGCUGCUAAAGCUGAUCACAGCAUGGGCAAAAUGUUACCUGAAGAUCCUAGACAAGGCCGAAAUCCCCCCAAAUUUGUAACAUAUCAUAAGGUUUUGCAGGAGAUAAGAAACUCACUUCUGCCUUUUGCAAAUGAAGCAACCUCAGCUGUCAAAGGAACAUCAGAAGUUAAUCGACAAAUGCUGCAAGACUUGCAAGCUGCUGGCUUUGAUGAGGAUAUGGUUAUACAAGCUCUUAGACAAACUAACAACCGUAGUAUAGAGGCUGCCAUUGAAUUUAUAAGUAAAAUGAGCUACCAGGAUCCUCGUCGGGAACAGAUGGUUGCAGCAGCAGCAAGACCUGUAAAUGCAGGUAUGAAACCGCCAGCAGGGGCUGUCCAGCAGUCAGUUAACCGCAAGCAGAGCUGGAAGGGUUCUAAGGAGUCCUUGGUUCCUCAGCGGCACGGCCCUUCCCUGGCAGAGGGUGUCAUUUAUCGCUCAGAAAGCCCCAGCUCGCAGCCUGAUGUAGGAAGGCCAUUAUCUGGAUCUGGCAUUGCGGCAUUUGCUCAGGCUCAUCCUGCCAAUGGACAAAGAGUGAAUCCCCCACCUCUACCACAGAUAAGGAGUGUCACUCCUCCUCCUCCUCCUCCUCGGGGGCAGACACCCCCUCCAAGGGGAACUACUCCUCCACCUCCUUCCUGGGAGCCAAAUUCUCAAACAAAGCGGUACUCUGGAAACAUGGAAUAUGUGAUCUCCCGUAUUUCUCCAGUGCCACCAGGAACAUGGCAGGAUGGUUAUCCACCUCCACCUAUGAAUCCUCCUCCUAUGAAUUCAUCCACACAGGGUCAGAGAGGCAUGAAUGCUGUCCCCAUUGGCAGGCAACCAAUAAUCAUGCAGAGUUCUGCCAACAGUAAAUUUAGUUUUCCCUCUGGAAGAGCUGGAAUGCAAAAUGGCAAUUGUCAGUCAGAAUUCAUAGUUCAUCAGAAUGUGGUGUCUGGAAAUUCGGUGAGUCGCCAGCCACCCCCAUACCCAAUGAAUCCAACUAACAGGCAGAGUCCCACAGCACUACAGAUGCAGGCAGGAGGAUCUGCUCCUCCUUCAGCAUACACCAAUGGGAAUAUUCCUCAGGCAAUAAUGGUGCCAAACAGAAAUAGUCACAACCUGGAACUUUACAACACAAAUGUGGCUGGAAUACCUGCAUCCUGGUCACAGCCUUCCCCUGUGCAGCCGCAGUCGUCACCAGGCAAUGGGCACGACUUGCCUGCGUGGCAGCCCAGUAUUCCCGUGCGGUCAAACUCCUUCAACAACCAUCACGGCAGCAGGCAGAGUCACUCUGGCAGCUCCCAGCCUUCUGCCACCACGGUGACAGCCAUAACGCCAGCUCCCAUUCAGCAGCCAGUGAAAAGCAUGCGAGUGUUGAAACCAGAGCUGCAGACUGCCUUGGCACCCACUCACCCUUCCUGGAUGCCACAGCCCGUGCAAACUGUUCAGACCAUUCCCUUCUCCGACAGCCCCUCUACCAAUAUGGCAGUUAUGUCUCCUGUUGCGGAGGCUCCAAAUUACCAGGGUCCCCCACCACCUUACCCUAAACACUUGUUACAUCAGAAUCCUUCUGUCAAUCUGUAUGAGGCAGGACCCAAGCUCAGCAAGGAGGAGCCACCUCCUUUGUCCAGGGAGGAUGAGAAUGAAAAGAGUUAUGAAUGUGUUGAUUCAACAGAUAAAGAAAAGAAACAAAUUACAACCUCACCUGUUCCUGUUAGAAAAAACAAGAAAGAUGAAGAAAGAAGAGAGUCUCGCAUUCAAAGUUAUUCCCCUCAAGCCUUUAAAUUCUUCAUGGAGCAGCAUGUGGAGAAUAUACUCAAAUCACACCAGCAACGUUUGCACCGGAAAAAACAACUAGAGAAUGAAAUGAUGCGGGUUGGAUUGUCACCAGAAGCCCGGGAUCAAAUGAGGAAAAUGUUGUGCCAGAAAGAGUCAAAUUACAUUCGGCUAAGAAGAGCUAAAAUGGACAAAUCAAUGUUUGUAAAAAUUAAAACCCUGGGAGUUGGUGCAUUUGGAGAAGUUUGCCUAGCAAGAAAGGUGGAUACUAAUGCUCUAUAUGCAACAAAGACUCUGAGGAAAAAAGAUGUCUUGCUUAGAAAUCAAGUUGCUCAUGUUAAAGCUGAGCGGGAUAUCCUUGCAGAAGCUGAUAAUGAAUGGGUAGUUCGCCUGUACUAUUCAUUCCAAGAUAAGGACAAUUUGUACUUUGUAAUGGACUACAUUCCAGGAGGUGAUAUGAUGAGUCUCCUAAUUAGAAUGGGCGUCUUCCCAGAAAAUCUGGCACGGUUCUACACAGCAGAGCUGACGUGCGCAGUUGAGAGUGUUCAUAAAAUGGGCUUCAUCCACAGAGAUAUUAAACCUGACAAUAUCUUGAUAGACCGUGAUGGUCAUAUCAAACUGACUGACUUCGGGCUCUGUACUGGUUUUCGAUGGACCCAUGACUCGAAAUACUACCAGAGCGGUGAUCAUGCCCGUCAGGACAGUAUGGAUUUCAGCAGUGAGUGGGGUGACCCAGCAAACUGCAGAUGUGGGGAUCGGCUGAAGCCGCUGGAGCGCAGGGCUGCACGGCAGCACCAGCGCUGCCUGGCCCAUUCCCUGGUGGGCACACCCAACUACAUUGCACCAGAAGUGUUGUUACGAACAGGUUACACACAGUUGUGUGACUGGUGGAGUGUUGGAGUAAUUCUCUUUGAGAUGCUAGUGGGGCAGCCUCCAUUCCUGGCACAAACACCACUGGAAACACAAAUGAAGGUUAUCAACUGGCAAACUGCACUUCAUAUUCCACCUCAGGCUAAAUUGACUCCAGAGGCCUCUGAUCUUAUUAUUAAACUCUGCCGAGGGCCAGAAGAUCGUUUAGGCAAAAAUGGUGCAGAUGAAAUAAAAGCUCAUCCAUUUUUCAAAACAAUUGAUUUUUCAAGCGAUCUACGGAGACAGCCUGCUUUCUACAUUCCCAAAAUUGCUCAUCCUACGGAUACGUCAAACUUUGAUCCAGUUGAUCCAGAUAAAUUGUGGAGUGAUGAUGAUAAGGAGGGGAACAGAAAUGAUACCCUUAAUGGGUGGUACAAAAAUGGAAAACAUCCUGAACAUGCUUUUUAUGAGUUCACCUUUCGAAGGUUUUUUGAUGACAAUGGCUACCCAUACAAUAAUCCAAAGCCCAUUGAGUAUGAGUAUGGUAGUUCCCAAAAUUCAGAACAGCAGUCAGAUGAUGAUGAUGAUGAUGAUGAACAGGCAAGUAGAGUAGUUCAGAGUCGUGAUUUGGUUUAUGUUUAGUAGAGGAAUAAAAGUCAAAAAUGAAAUAAUCAGUUUUGCAGUUGUAGCUUUUGAAAAGUCUCUUCCUUUAAGAGUAUUGAAAGAAGAUUGCUAGGGUAAAUAUGUGCACACUUCUUUUUAAAUGCUAAAAAAAAAUGUUUCUUUAUCUUCCCUCUCUGUACAUUUUGUUUCCCUAGAAUAUAGGGAAAUCCUUCUAAAAAUUAAUUUAUUCCAGUGAUGUUAAUUGUUUAAUUUAGAAGAGAUUUGAUGUGAGGUUAAAAAAAGUCACUUGAAUAUUAUUAUUGGUCCUCUGUACUCUAAGUACUCAAAAUAGGAAAUAGUGAUUUUUCCCCUAAAAUGCCUGGUAUCUAUUUAUACAUAUAGUGAAUAAUUUUAGAGAACAAAUCUCUGCUUCAUAAUUUUUAAUCACAGUUUUUCCAUGCAUUGACCAAAUAUAAAACCUACUUUACACUAAUAAAGUUCUCGGAUACAUUUCUGAAAUGAAAGGCUGCUGUACCCUCACUUCUCACUGUAUUUAGCCUCAUUAUCCACAGUGUUGGAAAAACAGCCACCUCUCUGGUGAAAUGUUUCCAGCUGCUGUGGGAGUGGCCUAGUUCUCAGCUUUGAAACACAAAAGUGUCAGUCUUGACUAUAGUAUGAUCAUAAGAUGAUAAAACAUUAGAACUAGUAUUUUAUUAAAUAGGGAUUGGAUUUGAUAUUAGUAACACUAGCAUGUGACUGGUACUCCUCUCAAAGCAGGACUGCUCACUCAGAAACAACUUGAUUGUCUCUUGUCAUCAGUUCUAUAGAUGUAAGAGGAAAAGAAGCCUUAGAAACACUUUCUGAAAUCUAGUUCAAUUUUCUGACUACAGCCAAACUGUAAAGUGUGUACAGUACUGCUUUAGUUGGGAUUUUUAGUUUGAAAAAUAAAUUUCAGAGUAGUAUUUUUAUGAUAAAUUUGAGAUAGUAAUGGGAAAAGAUUAUAAAUUAUUACUUUUGAGACUUGUAGAGACCCAUUUGCUUUGGCUGGAACAGUUUUCCUUCCAGUUACACAGGCACUGAGAAGGCCUUUGCAUGGCUCUGUCUCAGCUGGCAGUACAGUUUCAAUGCUCUGUCACGGCCUGGUUCAGAACAGAAUUAGGAACUUAGAGCUGUGCCUGCUGCCUUCUGCAUUACUGUUUCCUUAAUUUCCAGCAGCAGAUGCUCAGGUAGCUCCUAGGGUCUCAUGGAGGGUACUGAGCCCAUUGAGGUUUUGUGGAACAGGGAUGGGAACAUCACUUUAAGCAGUUUCACCGAGAUAAGAUCAGGAGUUAAGUGUUGAGAGGCAGAAAGAAUUAUGUUUUUGUCUCUAUCCUCCUUUUCCUUAAAAUAAACACAGUGGUAAAAAAAUGCACUAUUUUUAGUAAACUUAAUGACUUUUGAAACAUUUCUUCUUCCUUGGAAUUGAAUUCCAAUGGAUAAUCUUAUAACAUGGCAUGUAAGCAUUACUGCUUUCCUAAAUUAUUAUUUGUGCCAUUGCACUGGCAUUGCAAGUAUCUAAACAACAUGAAAUUGGUGUUCAUACCUGUUCUUGAAGCAAACAUCAGUUACCAGUUUACUUUUCUCACCAAGCUGGUUUGUUUGCUUAUGGCCAUUUAUUCUCUUUUUGUGCUUGAGUCCAGUGUCUCUUUUUGUGCUACUGCAACUGUCUCUAGUACUGUCCUACAUACUGGCUCACUGAAGAAAGUGCUUGUCGGUUAGCAUUUGGAAUUUCCUUUCUUGUGAGUGUAGUCAUUUGAGUGAUCCAGUUUCUAGUGUGGUCCAAAAAUGAUUUAUAUUGACAUAACUGAGGAAACUGCAGCAGCUUGGCAGUGAGGAAGUUUCUUAAACGUACUUUGUCACAGAAGAAAGUGUUUGUGGAAGUUUGCCCCUCUACUGUGAAGCAUUUAUAAUGGUUAGAAGAUGGUUAUGAGAAGUUUUCUCAAAGAAGUUGUUAGUUGCUUACUAUAACGAAAAUGAGUUUGCAGCUUAAUAAAACAGUCCUGUUCUGCCUUUCCCACAGCUGUUGAAAUAGAGUAGCUUUUAAGAUUAAUUUCAUUUAGCUUAAUUAUUAUAAAAUGGUUGCAGUGCAUAACUACUCCAUUUUAUAUAUUAUGUAAAAAAGAUUGCUUUUCAUGUAAAUAAACUUUAAAGAUUAUCCUCCUUCUUAGUAAGUAUCCCAGUAAAACUGGUCUACUUGUCUUGGAGCAAAGUAUAAUAUAUUGCUGGUUAAAGGUAAUUUAAUCAAGCCUCUGCUUCACCAUUUUUGAAGUGUGCAGAGAAAAUAAUGUCAAUUCAUUAAAUUGACUCUUAAAAUUGCCUUUUCAUCUGAGUAUAUUUCUCCUCUGCCUGCACUAUAGUAUACGAUGGUGUAUUCCUGUUUAAUACUAUUACUGAUCCUAGGCAAUUUAAAAAUAAUUCUAAAAAAGAAUAAAUAAGUGUCCUGUAAAGGCACCAUUGGUCUAAAAAGAAAAACCAAUUGCUUUUAUUAAAGGAAAUUAUUGAUUGUUUUAAGGACAUGCGCAGGUACUGAAAUACUAAAUACUCUUUUGCCUUUUUUAAACAAAUACAGGAAGUGCUCAUAACUUUAGAAUUUGGUAGAUGCUUCUGGCAUUUUCUAAUAUCAUGUGUUAGAAGUUCCUUGUUUGCAUUUUGCCACCUGUAUGCUGCAGUGUUACGUGUUUCCUUGCAAGAAGUUACAGUCCGGGUUCUUCUCUGAGAAAGUUAGUUACACAUGAAUGUUGUCACAACUCUCCAGCAUGCUCUGCUUUACCUAUGUUUUGAAACUUGACAUAGAUUCAGAGUCUGUUGAGAUUCUUCAUAUUUGCUGCUUAAAACAUGGGUGUUUCACUGGUGACCUACAAUGGGGAUUGGUUUAUACAGGCAGUGGAGAAGAGAGGCUCCUAGCCAGCAGUUGUGGAGUUCUGCAGUAAGUUUUAGUUCAGGUUACCUUUACUUUGUAAAGCAUGAAAACAAGUUUCUCUUUUAUGUGUCCUUGUAUACAUAUUAAUUGUAUUUAUAAAAUGUUCUAUAAUCCUAUAACUUGUACUGUAAAUAGUAUAUGAUAUUCAGUGGCAUUCUAUCCUCGGGCAGGCCCUCUUGCUGUAUCUUUUCUAUUUUCAAUUUGUAAUAGAAUCUAUAGAAUUUUUGUCUUAGAAAGUCUCUUUGAGACUGAUGUAUCUUCCGCUGGUGCAAAAACUGUGAGUGGGAAUGAUUUAUUUAGACUCCUUUUAAUAUUAUUCAGCUGAUAGGCAGUGCAGUGGGUGGGUUCUUAGAUUAUGCUGCUGUCACUGAAGAUACUAUUAGGCUUUUGUUUCAGAUGUUGUGGGUGUUUCAGAUCAGAACUUAAAAUCUGUUUGCUUUAUUUCAGCCAAAGCAAAAAAGAUAAUGAAUUGGGUCAAUGUCAUACUAAAAUGUUUUGAAUGCCUUAAGAUGGUCAUGAUAAAGGCACUAUUCAAGUUUACUGAUUUAUAUAUAUCUAUAUAGAUAUAUAUAGACAUAUUCUGUGUGUAUAUGUAUAUAUAAUGUCCUUUUUGUAUUAUAAGACUGUCAGUUCUUUGGAGUCUUCUAUUAAAUACAUAGACCAUCCCACAA